GAGGCGCUGGGCUCGGCCUAGGCUGGGAGCUCCUAUCGGCGAGAGCCCGGCCCCCUGCGGGCGGCGGCUCCUCCUCCAGCCGGCCCGGUGCAGCGCCGCAGCGGAGCCGGUCGCUAGCCAUGGCUUACGAGGAGCAGGUCCGCUCGCUGGCGGACACCGUGCAGCUCUACCGGAAGGACCCGAGCGGCUGGCGGAGCUGUAAGCGCACGAAUGAAGUUUCAAUUUAUUGGAGACCAUCAACUGAGUUUUCUGGCAACAUAUACAAAGGAGAUGGAAUUGUCUCUGCGAGUCCUGAGGCUGUCUGGGAGUGCUUAAAACCAGAAGCUGGUGGACUUAGAACAAAGUGGGACCAAAAUGUGAAGGACUUUGAGCUGAUUGAAACUAUUAGUGAUACUAUCUCUAUAUGCAGAACUCUUACCCCAUCAGCCUUCAUGAAGAUUAUUUCUCCAAGAGAUUUUGUAGAUGUGGUGCUAAUUAAGCAGUAUGAAGACGGGACUAUAGCAUCUGCUGCAACCAAUGUGGAACAUGCACUCUGUCCUCCCCAACCAAGAUACGUGAGAGGGUUUAAUUAUCCCUGUGGUUGUUUCUGUAUACCUGUUCCAGGGGAACCAGACAAGACCCAAGUCCUCACUUUCUUUCAGACGGAUCUUGGUGGCUAUCUUCCCCAGACUGUAGUGGACUCAUUCUUUCCGAGCAGCAUGGCUGGAUUUUACAGCAAUCUGACCAAAGCGGUAAAGACAGUGAAAACUUGAGAGGCAUUUUCUCAAAGGAAAUCCGAGUCUCAUUGCUGGGACUUAGAAGGGAGGGUAAGAAAGGCUAUUAUUGCUGGCAUAACAGAUUAGAUUAAGAUAAAAAUGGAAGAAAUGAUGGGAUCAGAAACCGACCUACAAUGCCUUUCUAACAAUAUAGAUAUGUAGGAAAGUUGAAGUGGGAACAAAGUCGCAAAGUCCAUUUUUAAUAUAGGAUUUACUAUUUUUGUACCUGCCUUUCUGUUUAAAAAUGCACUACCUUGUCAUACUGUAUUUUUGUAACUAUUAAAAUAAGUGACAUUAUUUCAGCAACUAACAGUAUUCUAGAGGAAGUUCUGCUGCCCCCUCCUGGAGCAAAAGCCACACUUCAGGCCUGUUUAUGAUCAUACUUCAUCAGUGUAAACCAGGUUACUCCUGAGGGAAUUCUGCGCCAAAAAAUUAAAAAUUCUAAAAAUUUAUGCACACACUAUUUUAAAAUUCUGCAAGUUUUAUUUGUCAAACAAAUGUGGAGGCUCCAGCAUGACAGUGAGGAGCACAGACAACUGGCUGCACAGCCUCCCUCCCCCAUCUCAGGACACUACCUCGGUGGUAAGGUUGCACUCAACCCUGACACAGCAUCAGGGCUGGGCCUGCCUCAGAAACACCCCAGGGCCCUGAUCCUCUGUGCCAGAUGCACCAGGUGUGAGGCAGGCAGGCUCAACCAGGCAGGAUCUAAGUGUGGAGGGGCUUGGUGUGGAGUGAGAAGGUUCUGUAUUGAGCAAUCUGGGUGCAGACUGAUCAGUGAGGGGUCUGGGUGGGUGGAAUCUGGAUGCAGAGGCUCUUGGGGGAGGGGGGGGUUCCAGGUGCAGGGGCAAUGGGACUCUGCAGGGGGUUCCAGGUGACGGUGGUUGGGCCUCGAGGUGGGGGGUCGGGGGGGGGGGCUCGGCGGGAGGGGUCUGGGUGCUGGGGGAUUGGGGAUCCAGGUACAGCUAGCUGGGGUUCAGUGGGGUGGGGGGCUCGUCGGGGUGAUUCAGUUGCAGGGUGGUCUGGAUACAGGGGGGCUCUAGAUGCAGGGGUUUAGGUUCAGCAGGAUGAGGUUCAGGUAUGGAGGGCUGGGGGGGAUCUGGGUGUAUGGGGUGAGGAUUGGUGGGGGGGGAGCAGCUCCCAGUACAGCAACCCAUCCCCCGCAGCUGAGGAUGCUGAGCUUCCUACAGCCAGGGGAGGUUUCUGGUGUGGGUCUAGCAGCUGAUUCCGGUGCAGGGUAGGAGUCACCAUGGUGAUUUACCUCUCCACCAGCUGCUCCAGAUGCCUGAAACGAUGUGCCUGCACUGCUAGGGAAGAGUGCGUGACCGCUCUUGCAGCUUCCCUUUGCUUCCUUAUCAGAAAAUCAUUUUCUGCGGGGAAGCAAAGAAAUCUGCGGGAGACAUGAAUUAUGCAUGGGCGCAGAAUUGCCCCAGGAGUAAAACCAGGAGCAGCUCUGCUGAAGUCAAUGUAGUUCCACCAGUAUAAGUCAGAUCCGAGGGAGCCCGGUUAUAUCUCAGAUUCUACCUAAUGACCCAUAUGAAACGAUGUUCCUUUCUUGAAGGGGAAGAGCUAGCUCUUUUGCUGCUUACAUCAGUAUAGUUUGAGAUAUUACAUUGGGACCAACACAAAAAAUGGGGUAGACCACAAUGAAUAGGGUAGGUGAGAACGUAUGGACCACUCAUUCUAGACUAUAAGGGCCUGAUUCAGCAUGUGCUGAAGUCGGACUGACUUCAGUGCUAAUGUUAAGCAUAUACUUAAGUGUUUUGCUGAAUCAGAGCCUAAUAUCCUCAACCAAUUCACAGAUCCCUGGGCCUUGUCCUCUCCCAUCAUCCCCUCUCUACCCAAAAAUUCUGAUUACAAAUUGUCAUACUGCACUGACAUAAUGGCAAUAAAUAAAGAGAUGUAUUGAAGCACUUUACUUGUCAUUUUUCUAACUGCAUUUGAAAUGAUCAUGCAUUUGAACAAUUUUCCAAUAUGUUGUUCAAAGUGUUGUGAACUUGUGAAAAGUCCUUUCUGUAAAGUGCUGUGGACUAAUCUUGACUUGCUUGUUCAUAAAAGUAGGACCUUCUUGUUUAUGUCUCCAAGACUGACACACCCCACAGCAUAUCUUAGGAAAUCAGCUAUUGGUGUAAUAUGCAGUGCAGUAUGCAGCCAUCGAAAAUAUUUAUGUAGCUGGUUACUUAGGUAAUGUCAGAAGUUAUUAUAAACAGCAUACUAUUCAUUUAUCCUUUUAUAAAAGAAAAAAUGAUAAUUUAUGAUUGUUGAGUUGCAAACAUGUAAAUCAGGUUGUAAUUUUCAUGCUUUUACUUUAAGUAUUUAUUUAUGUUAAUACAUUUAAAUUUCCGUUCUUGUGUUUGUUGCAUAUGUGGUGUGGUUUGUGGAACAUUUAUGUACAAAUAUUUCCACUGUAGUUUUUAAUGUAUAUAAUAGAAUUUUAGGGAAGGGGGGUUAAAUUUUAGUCUCUUUUGUGACUGGCAUUUUUAAAACUUGCCAGUGUGUGUUGCAAAUUAAAUAAAAUAUUUUCUGUUUCA